UGCAGUCAGUCAUGGAUCGUCCUGGGACUCAGAUGUGGACACUUUGUGUCUUGAUGACCUGGAUGUGCGUCGCUCUGGCAGCUCCACAUUACAUGGUAGCUAUACCUGCAGUUCUCGAGGCUGGAACUGAAUCUCGCUUCAGCGUGAGUCUCAUGAAUCCCAGCGGGAUUAUGUUCAUGACUAUCACUUUGAGGACCAAGCAAGCAACUCUGACACUCUUGCACAAGAUAUCCAGUCUGGAGUUUCACAACGUCUUUAAGUUCCAGGUUCCAUCAGGGCUGAAAGAUGAGGUGGCAGAUUUUGAGGUGGAGCUCCAAGGGGAAACGUUUUACUCAAAAGAAGUCAGGAAAGUCAUGUUCAGAACCUACGAACCAAUGACAUUCGUCCAAACGGAUAAACCGAUCUACCUCCCAGGACAAACAGUGAAAUUCAGAGUGGUCACCAUCGACACCAAGUUCAGACCUGUAACCCAGCUGUACGACAUCAUCGACCUUGAGGACCCUAAUAGCAACAAGAUUGGACAGUGGUUGAAAAAAACAUCCAAUGGCAAAAUAUUGCAGCUGUCCUUCUCCUUGAACUCUGAGGCCCGUGAAGGAUUCUAUAACAUCAUUGUGUCGAUUGGGGAAAACAAAAUUUAUUGGAACUUCAAGGUGGAGAAAUACGUUUUGCCUAAAUUUGAUGUAAAUAUAAAGGCACCCGAUAAAGUCAGUAUUGGGCAGGAAGAAAUUGAAGUUAAAGUUUGUGCACAGUACACAUACAAACAGUCUGUGCCAGGCCUUAUUACAGCUGAGAUGUGCAGACCUCUUUAUCAGUAUAUCAGGGAAACAGAGGAUAUAAAGCCCCCUUGCUUCGUGAAGACAAUGACGGCGGAUGAGUCAGGAUGUGCCACUUUUUUCUUUGAGAUGUCCACUUUCAAGAAAAUUGUAAAAGUGGUGCAGGCGUCGCUGCUGCUCAGUGCCAAAGUGGAGGAGGAGGAAACAGGAAUAACACAUCAACAAGAGAAGAGGAUUGAGAUUUCCUUUGUUAUCGGAAAGCUGAUAUUUAUUGACACACCAAAGCUUUACACGAUGGGAUCAGACGUGGCAGGAAAAAUCAAAGCAGUUGAUUACGACGAUACACCCAUUCCUGACAUGCCGGUGUACCUCUUCGAGGGUGAAAUUUGGUCAGAACGACUCAAACAGACUCUCACAACUGACUGUGAUGGAGUCGCAGAUUUCACGUUCAGCACAGAUGGAUAUAAUGGUGAUAUCUACCUCAGUGUAAGUAUAAAUACAACACUUGAUUUUUCUAAUCACGAUUAUUUGUAAUACAGUAAGGGAUACUUUGAGCUAUUACAACACAAGAUUUCCAUGACCCAGGAUGUUUCUGUGGAUAGUAAAACAGUGAGCUCCCUGGAGGUGCAGAAGAAGGAGAAACCAAUUCCCUGUGACACAGUGGAAAAAAUUUCCGUCAAAUUCACCAUAGUGGGAGAGAAACAAGGCACUGCGACUUUUAUUUACGUGGUCUUAGCCAGAGGAGCCAUCGUCAUGCAAGGAUAUGGCAAGAUUGAAGUGCAAGAUCAAACAGUGACUCAGGGCGAGAUGUCCAUUAACAUCAGAGUGUCCCCUGAGAUGUCCCCAGACGUCCAGCUUGUGGCUUACACUGUCCUCCCCAGUGAGACGGUGAUCGCCCACAGUGCUGACUUCUCCACUGAGAAAUGCUUCAGGCACAAGGUGUCGCUGGAGUUUUUUCCGUCCUCAGCUGUCCCAGGAGAGGGAAACACCCUGCAGGUGACGGCCCAGCCGAACUCUCUGUGUGGUCUGAGCAUUGUCGACCAGAGCGUCCUCAUCAAGGAGCCUGGGAAAAGUCUUGACAGCAACAGGAUAUUUCACUUGUUGCCCAUCACAAAGGUGUCCUAUAUUCCUUUUGAAGUUCUGGAUACCAUAGAGUGCUUGGUUGUGAGGCCUAAAAGAAGCAUUUUGCCCCGUCCUGAUGUGGCAGAUGACCCUUACACCGUUUUCACGAAUGUAGGGCUGAAGAUGGCGACAAACUUGGGUGUCCGAGCCCCUUCAUGUCUCCUAUACGGAGGAAGGCAAUACCACUACUCUCCGGGCAAUUGUGUGGGCUCUUCCUCAGGCUACGGUGUUUUCAAUAGGCCUUUAAUGAAUCUACCAAGAUCUGAGGCUUCUGGAGGAUCACUUCCACCACCAAUAGUGACAGUCCGUACUUUCUUCCCAGAGACUUGGAUAUGGGAUCUGAUAGAAAUUGGAGAGACUGGUACCAGGAAUGUGCCCCUCACUGUUCCUGACACCAUCACCACCUGGGAGACGGAGGCUUAUUGUUUGUCCCCUCAGGGUUUCGGUUUAGCUCCUCGUAAAGAGCUCACUGUCUUCCAGCCUUUCUUCCUGGAGCUCAGCCUGCCUUACUCCAUCAUCCGAGGCGAGAACUUUGAGCUGAAGGCGACCGUCUUCAACUACCUGUCCAGCUGCAUCAUGGUCACUGUGAUCCCAGCCCCCUCAUCUGAUUUCACACUCUUUCCAAACCCUGAAGACGAGUUCAGAACCUGUCUGUGUGGUAAUAAGCGCAAGAGCUUCAGAUGGACCCUGACCCCUUCAGUCAUAGGAGAUGUGACUGUUUCUGCGACUGCUGAGGCUGUGGUGUCUGACAUCACAUGCAACAAUGAGGUAGUGAGUGUGCCAGAGAGAGGUCGUUCUGACACGGUCUCAAGAACUCUUAAAGUAAAGGCUGAGGGAAUCGAGAAGAUAAAGUCGUCCAACUUGCUGCUGUGUCCAAACGAUGAGACUUUGAUGGAGGAAGUAGAGAUACAGCUCCCCGAGGAUGAGAUUGAUGGAUCUGGACGUUCUCUUGUAUCAGUCCUGGGUGACAUCAUGGGCAGAGCCCUGAAGAACCUGGACAGUCUGCUGCGGAUGCCAUAUGGUUGCGCUGAGCAGAACAUGGCGGUUCUGGCCCCCAACAUCUACAUCCUCCAAUACCUGGAAGACACAAAACAGUUGACCCCAGACAUCAAGGCAAAGGGUACCAACUUUCUGACCAGCGGUUACCAGAGACAGCUGAACUACAAAAAUAACGACGGCGCUUUCAGCACAUUUGGAUCAGGAGGACCAGGAAACACCUGGCUGACUGCCUUCACGAUGAGAUCUUUUGUCAAGGCUCAGAAUUUCAUCUUUAUCGAUCCGAAAGUUAUCAACGAUGCUGUGAUCUGGCUAACAAACAGUCAAAAGGGCAGUGGCAAUUUUAAACUGAUGGGAAAAUUCUUCAACAACCACAUAAAGGGCGGUGUGUCUGAUGAAGUGAUAAUCACUGCUUACAUCACGGCUGCCUUCUUGGAGAUGAACCCGAUUGUGACUGAAACUGUCACUAAGAGCCUCUCGUGCCUGAAAAAGACGAUCGAUAACGUCGCAAACACCUACGCUACAGCUCUGCAGGCGUAUGUCUUCACUCUGGCGGGAGACAUGGAAACCAGUUACAAACUUUUGUUACACCUUGACAGCGUGGCGAUAAAAGAAGGAGGUUUCACCCACUGGGCUCAGACAGCGACAAACAGAUAUUUGUCUGUAUCUGUGGAGAUGACCUCCUACGUGCUGCUCGCCAUACUGUCGCCAUACUCGCUUCCUGCUGCCCCUCCUUCCCCCGAAGCACUGGGCUACGCCAGCAGCAUCGUCAGAUGGCUGACCAGGCAGCAAAAGUAUUAUGGAGGCUUCUCCUCCACGCAGGACACAGUGGUGGCCCUUCAGGCUCUCGCUCUCUACUCCACCCUGGUGUUCAAUCCUGAAGGUUCGAGCUCAGUGAAUGUCAAGUUUUCUGACGAGGAGAUUGAUUUUGAAGUGAACCAGGACAACAAGCUGGUCUACCAGGAGCAGCUGGUGAUGGACCAGACAGGAAAGUACACAGUGGAGGUGGAGGGCAAUGCGUGUGUCUCAGUGCAGAUUUCUUAUCACUACAACGUCCCGCCUUCUCCCAUAGCAACAACACUUGACGUGGAGGUCAGUACGAAGUGCAGCAGCUCAUCUACCAGACCUACGAUGACUCUGACUUUGAAGAUUGGAUAUACGGGAAAACAAGAAACUACAAACAUGGUGAUCGUGGAUAUCAAAAUGCUCUCUGGAUUUGUCCCAGACGAAAAGUCUUUGGAGGAGCUUAAAGGUGAAGCACAAGUGGAGAAUAUUGAACCAGAGGAUGACCAUGUUGUGGUGUACAUAAAAGAGUUAUCAAAGGAGAUCCCCAUCCAAUAUGACCUGGAGCUCAUACAGGAGCUUCCAGUGUCGGACCUGAAGCCAGCUGUGGUCAAAAUCUAUGACUACUACCAGCCAAGUGAUCAAGAUGUGGCCAAUUACAACUACCCUUGUGUUGCAGGUGAUCAAGAUGAGGCCAAUUACAACUACCCUUGUGUUGCAGGUGAUCAAGAUGAGGCCAAUUACAACUACCCUUGUGUUGCAGGAAAUGUUUGAAGUCUGGUCGACCCUCAGCUCCUCACUGAUUUUAUUUUCAUCCAAAAAAAAAAGAAAUGCAUUUUCUCAAAGUAACUAAACAGUAAACAUCUGUGUAACCAGUGUAUGUUUGAAACAUGGAACUCGUGCCACAUUCAAUAAAACGCAUUCAACUUC